ACCCCUAAGAUUUCUCUUUCCAAGAAAGCGAAGUACGCGCUACACUAUUCUCCUGUUCUUUCUCUCUGCUGCAUCUGUCACCGCUGCGGAAGGUGGCGAUUGAGAAUGAGAGGAAUCAAAUGCGUUGUCUUUCUCUCACAGUGACCAUCUGUAAACCACUAUCAUAGAGAGAGAGAAACAGGGGAUGCGAAGCUCUCUGUUUCUGCUCAUUUGAGAAGCAAAAGGCCAUUCAGUUCAUCAAACGGUUUACAUAGACAACAGAAGCAAUGGUCUCAAGAUCAUACUCCAACCUUUUAGAUCUGGCCUCCGGCAACACAUUAACAAUUGGCCAUAUGGGCAAGAGGCUGCCUCGAGUGAUGACCGUGGCCGGAAUAAUCUCUGACCUCGAUGAAGAAAAUUCCAUUAGCAAUGGCUCUGAUGCACCCUCUUCAAUCUCCCAAGAGCGCAUAAUCAUCGUGGGCAACCAACUCCCCCUUCUUGCUCAUCGAAGAUCCGAUAACAGUGGUUGGGACUUCAGUUGGGAUGAAGACUCUCUCCUCCUUCAACUGAAAGAUGGUCUCGGAGAAGACGCUGAGGUAAUCUACGUUGGUUGCUUGAAAGAAGAGAUUGAGCCUAGGGAACAAGAUGAAGUAGCUCAAACCCUACUUGAGACUUUCAAAUGUGUUGCUACUUUCCUCCCGAAUGAUCUUUUUACUAAGUUCUACCAUGGGUUUUGUAAGCAACAACUGUGGCCUUUGUUCCAUUACAUGCUCCCUCUUUCUCGUGACCUUGGUGGGCGAUUUGAUCGCACUUUAUGGCAAGCUUAUGUUUCGGUUAAUAAGAUUUUUGCCGAUAAGGUUAUGGAGGUUAUUAGCCCUGAUGAAGAUUUUGUUUGGGUACAUGAUUACCAUUUGAUGGUGCUCCCAACCUUUCUUCGUAAGAGGUUUAAUAGGGUGAAGCUUGGGUUCUUUCUCCAUAGCCCAUUCCCUUCGUCGGAGAUUUAUAGAACUCUUCCUGUUAGAGAUGAACUCCUUAGAGCGCUUCUUAAUGCUGAUCUUAUUGGAUUUCAUACCUUUGAUUAUGCUAGGCAUUUCCUUUCAUGCUGCAGUAGAAUGCUUGGUCUAGCUUAUAAGUCAAAACGGGGGUAUAUUGGACUUGAAUACUAUGGCCGAACUGUUAGUAUCAAAAUACUUCCGGUUGGGAUUCACAUGAGGCAGCUCCAAAAUGUACUAAAUCUCCCAGAGACUGAAACUAAAGUUGCAGAGCUUAAAGAUCAGUUCAAUGGCCGCACCGUCUUGCUCGGAGUUGAUGACAUGGAUAUUUUCAAGGGAAUCAGUUUAAAGCUUUUGGCAAUGGAGCAAUUUCUUAUCCAACAUCCGGAAUGGAGAGAGAAGGUGGUUUUAGUGCAAAUUGCAAAUCCAGCAAGAGGCCGAGGGAAAGAUGUCCAAGAAGUGCAAUGUGAAACUUACUCAACCGCUAAAAGAAUUAACGAGACAUUUGGGAGUGAAGGCUAUGAACCAAUCAUUCUUAUCGACAGUCCUCUUCAAGUCUAUGAAAGAAUCGCCUAUUAUGUGAUUGCAGAGUGUUGCCUUGUAACUGCAGUUAGAGAUGGGAUGAAUCUUAUACCUUAUGAGUACAUAAUUUGUCAUCAAGGAAAUGGCAAAUUAGACGAGACUUUGGAAAUUGACCUGUCAUUACCAAAGAGGAGUAUGUUGGUUGUAUCAGAGUUUAUCGGUUGUUCUCCUUCUCUUAGCGGUGCGAUUAGAGUAAACCCUUGGAAUAUAGAUUCAGUGGCUGAAGCAAUGGAUGCAGCUUUGGCAAUGAGAGAUAGUGAGAAGCAAUUAAGGCAUGAGAAGCAUUAUAGGUAUGUUAGUAGUCAUCAUGUUGGAUAUUGGGCUAAUAGUUUCUUGCAAGAUUUGGAGAGGACAUGUAGAGACCAUGUUAGGAGAAGAUGCUGGGGUAUUGGAUUUGGGUUGGGCUUUAGAGUCAUUGCACUUGAUCCAAACUUUAGGAAACUUUCGGUUGAUCAUAUAGCUUCAGCAUACAGAAGAACCAAGAAUAGAGCCAUUCUUUUGGAUUAUGAUGGCACGAUGAUGCCUCAAACAUCGAUCAACAAAACCCCAACUCCUGAGGCUAUCAAUAUUCUGAAUAGCUUGUGUAGAGAUCCGAUGAAUGUUGUUUUUCUUGUUAGUGGAACUGAUAAAGAAACUCUUAGUUUGUGGUUUUCUCCUUGUGAUAAGCUAGUGCUAGCAGCUGAGCAUGGCUACUUUAUGAGAGAAAAGCAAGAUGAAGAAUGGGAAACUAGUGUUCCUGUACUCGAUUUUGACUGGAAACAAAUUGCUGAGCCAGUUAUGAAAGUUUACACUGAAACAACUGAUGGAUCAACCAUCGAGGCUAAAGAGAGUGGACUUGUCUGGCACUAUCAAUAUGCUGAUCCUGACUUUGGAUCGUGCCAGGCCAAAGAGCUUCUAGACCAUCUAGAGAGUGUUCUUUCGAAUGAGCCUGUGUCUGUAAAGAGCGGCCAGCACUUUGUAGAAGUUAAACCACAGGGUGUCACUAAGGGCCUUGUUGCCGAAAGGCUUUUGGAUAUGAUGCGGGAGAAGAGUAUGCUUCCGGAUUUUGUUCUUUGCAUCGGCGAUGACAGAUCUGAUGAGGAUAUGUUCGAGGUCAUCAGCAGAGCAACAUCGGGGCCUUCGCUAUCUCCAGUGGCUGAUAUUUUUGCUUGCACAGUUGGUCAGAAGCCUAGCAAAGCUAAAUACUACUUAGAAGACACAACUGAGAUCGUGCGGAUGUUGGAGGGGCUCGCCAAGGCUUCAGAUCGAACGGUACGGCUUGCUUCUUCUGCUCAAAGCUCUGGUGCCUCAAAGUUUGCUGUGACCUGAUUCAGUCCUCUUUGGUUUCUGUUAUGUGUACAUAUAUUUCUAGAUAUGCCAGCAUUGAUAAUGCACAUGGCGCUGUGCCAUUUAUGAGUACCUGAUGUUACUGUGAGAGUGUCGUAUCCUUUGUGUUGGAUGUCUAUGGAAAUAUUAUGUGGGUGGUUAGUUAAAUAAUUCAAUUGAAUUAGUGAGAUUGUGCUAAGGUAUUGUUGGUGCAAUGAGAAUUUCAAGCUUAUUGUUU